CUCGUUCGUUCUGCUUCCCGCUGGCUCCUGAUUGUCCUUUGCGGCUGCCGCGUCGCUGUCUCCUUGCCCCCAUCCCGGGGCUGCAGGGUCCAGAGCGAGCGUGCCUCCCGCGGGCACCACAGCCCAGAGCAGAAACAGCCUGCGCGAUAUAUAAUUCUUGGUAGACAGCGUGGCUGCGGGCUGUUGAGCUGGAAUUCCCUGCGGCUUUCUGAGCAGUGAGUGUUUGGAGUGCAGUGUCCAGCCUUCAUCAUGCCAGCUUUGUCAACAGGACCUGGUAGUGACACAGGUCUGUAUGAGCUGCUGGCUGCUCUGCCAGCCCAGCUGCAGCCACAUGUGGAUAGCCAGGAAGACCUGACCUUCCUCUGGGAUAUGUUUGGUGAAAAAAGCCUGCAUUCACUGGUAAAGAUUCAUGAAAAACUACACUAUUAUGAGAAGCAGAAUCCUGUGCCCAUCCUCCGUGGCGCGGCAGCCUUGGCGGAUGAUCUGGCUGAAGAGCUUCAGAACAAGCCAUUAAACAGUGAGAUCAGAGAGCUGUUGAAACUACUGUCAAAACCCAAUGUGAAGGCUUUGCUCUCUGUACAUGAUACUGUGGCUCAGAAGAAUUAUGAUCCUGUAUUGCCUCCUAUGCCUGACGAUAUUGAUGAUGACGAAGACUCAGUAAAGAUCAUCCGUCUGGUCAAAAAUAGAGAACCACUGGGAGCCACCAUUAAGAAAGAUGAGCAGACUGGGGCAAUCAUUGUGGCUCGAAUCAUGAGAGGAGGAGCUGCAGACAGAAGUGGUCUUAUUCAUGUUGGUGAUGAACUUCGAGAAGUAAAUGGGAUAUCAGUUGAGGAUAAAAGGCCUGAGGAAAUAAUUCAGAUUUUGGCUCAGUCUCAGGGAGCAAUUACCUUUAAGAUCAUACCCAGCAUCAAAGAGGAGACACCAUCUAAAGAAGGCAAGAUGUUUAUCAAAGCCCUCUUUGACUAUGACCCUAAUGAGGAUAAAGCAAUUCCAUGUAAGGAAGCUGGGCUUUCUUUCAAAAAGGGAGAUAUUCUUCAGAUUAUGAGCCAAGAUGAUGCAACAUGGUGGCAAGCAAAGCAUGAAGGUGAUUCCAAUCCCAGGGCAGGCUUGAUUCCUUCAAAGCACUUCCAGGAAAGGAGAUUGGCUCUGAGACGACCAGAAAUAAUAGUUCAGCCCCUGAAAGUUUCCAACAGGAAAUCAUCUGGUUUUAGAAGAAGUUUCCGUCUCAGUAGAAAAGAUAAGAAAACAAAUAAAUCCAUGUAUGAAUGCAAGAAGAGCGAUCAAUAUGAUACAGCUGAUGUACCCACAUAUGAGGAAGUGACACCCUAUCGGCGACAAAGUAACGAGAAAUACAGACUUGUUGUGUUGGUUGGUCCUGUAGGAGUAGGUUUGAAUGAACUGAAACGAAAGCUGCUGAUCAGUGACACACAACACUAUGGUGUGACUGUGCCCCAUACUACCAGAGCAAGAAGAAGCCAGGAGAGUGAUGGUGUUGAAUAUAUUUUCAUUUCCAAACAUUUGUUUGAGACAGAUGUACAAAAUAACAAGUUUAUUGAAUAUGGUGAAUACAAAAACAACUACUAUGGCACAAGUAUAGACUCAGUUCGGUCUGUCCUAGCUAAAAACAAAGUUUGUUUGUUGGAUGUUCAGCCUCAUACAGUGAAGCAUUUAAGGACGCUAGAAUUUAAGCCCUAUGUGAUAUUUAUAAAGCCUCCUUCAAUAGAGCGUUUGAGGGAAACAAGAAAAAAUGCAAAGAUUAUUUCAAGCAGAGAUGACCAAGGAGCUGCAAAGCCCUUUACAGAAGAAGACUUUCAAGAAAUGAUUAAAUCAGCACAGGUAAUGGAAAGUCAGUAUGGUCAUCUCUUUGACAAAAUUAUAGUAAAUGAUGAUCUCACCGUGGCAUUCAAAGAGCUAAAAGCAACUUUUGACAAAUUAGAGACAGAGACUCACUGGGUCCCAGUGAGCUGGUUACAUUCAUAACUAAGGGAAAUUUCCAUAAUCAUCUUUUUUUGGUAGAGUGUAUGAUUAAAUCAGUUACCAUUUUGGUGGUAGGGUUUUGUAAAAUCUAUAUCACCGUCGUAGAUGUGCAAUCUUGGUUACAAUUGAGUAUUGGUUUUGUUUGCAUCUUUUUACAGCCUUAUUUCAAACACAAUGUUUAAGUUUAAGAUCCAGAAUCGAAACUUGCACAGUAGUGUAUUCUGAGCAAAGCUUUGAACUUUCCGGAUGUCUUUAAUAUCUAAUUCUAUCUCCAAGAUGAGAUUGAACUUUUUAGAGACACAUACUUAGAGAAUGUGUAUUAGAGUUCAGUGCUUCAGCUGGUCUCGGCAGACAUGGUCACUGCCAUCAAGUCUGAAUGUUAGCAAUUGAAAAUAUUAACUUAACAGCCUUGAGCAGCUGCUGACACAUAGGACAGCUUUGCUGUUUUUUGGGUGGAUCAUCAUAGAUUCACGUCCACUGCCAGUAAGGAGGAGUCUUCUUUCCAUUCUAAAUGAUGUAUACAUAAUAUAGUAAUUCCUCACUUAACAUCAUUGAAAAGUGGAUAUUUAAUGGUGUAUAAUGAAACCAAUAUUACCGAAGACUAAUUGAUAUAAACAAGAGUUAAUUUCCUAUAGCAUCUCAUCAGCAUUAUAACAAAACUUACGUUGAACGAAACGACAUUAUGCAAGAAAUGCACAGCAUGUGCAUUUAAAAAUCAUUCUUAAAGGAAUUACUGAAAACUUGCCUUAUUGAGUGGCCUUCGUAUUAUAGCUUAAGAAGACCUUAUGAGUACAUAUGAGUGACUCAACAGAUAUUUAAUAAGGGAAGAUAGACUUAAAAUUAUAUAUGUAACUAAAAACUUUUCCUUACUGCAUUAAUCUUAGAAUGGUCAUAUCUUGGAGUAAGAAAUGAUUACAAAGGACAUUUUUAUUUAUAUAUCCUCAGACAACAUUUCUGGAGUCACCAAAAAGGUGUUUUUUGUUUUUUGUUUUAAGCUGGCUUUGGAUUUUCCCAACAAAUUAUAAGAAUGUGAUACCUAUUCUAAAAGAGGAGGUUUUACAUGUUACUGAUACAGUUAAAGAAAAAUGUUCAAAUAUGCACACUUGAUCACCAUAUACUUAAAUUGCACUAAAAUGUAUUUUAGAAAACUUUUCAUGUAAUGUUAACUUAUUUCUUCAUCAUCAAAAUAAUUCUUAACACUGGCCAGAUACUUUAAAAAUCUUGCUAUUUUUAAAGAAAUUUAAGAAAGAGUCUUCUAAUGUAAAUAUUUAGAUGGGAUCUGUCAUUUUCCUUUGAUACUACUGAUCGUCAGCAAAUAAAUUACAUAGUUUAAAGCACUAUGAAUGUCCAUGAGUUACAUCAGAGAACACGUCCUGCCAUUCCUGCAUGCGGUAAGACCCUGCCAAUCAAAAAUUGUAGCAUCUGUGACUUUCAAACAACAAAAAAAUAUUUUUGUUGGUUUGUAAAGAGAGUUUAGAUGUCAUGUUUAAAGAAAAAAUAGAAUGUAGUGAAAUUUUAUAUAUUUAUGAACUAUUUGAAAGGCAUAUUUUUUUAAUUAUCAAAUGGGGCUAUUCAUAAAAUCAAUUGUAUGUAUAGAUGGCAUAACUUAAAAUAGUAAUUUUAUAAGUCAGGGUCAACAUUCCAUGUAAAUAUUUGACCUUUAUUUGUACACAGAUAGAACCACUAGUGUGUUACAUGUGCACUGUACAUUUGAUAGCAUUAUUCACUGGAUUUUCUUCAGACAUGUCAAAUUGCAUAUUAGAAACAGAGACAAAAACUACGCAAUGGCCUUGAUACACACUCACACCAAAAUAUUUACAUAAUCAGACUAAAUUUUAAUAACAUAAUCCAAUCCAACUUAGAGCAAUAAGCUCUAAGUUUAUGAACUAAAUAGCAAGCAGUAUAGUUUUUUGAAAAGGUAGGGGAGGGUUGCCAAAUCUAAUACUAAAGCCAUAAUUUAAAGUUGUGUGGCUGGUCUAAGAAAAUACAAGUCUUAUGUAGAUGGUUUGGGUAGAAUGCUCUCCUCUGAAUAUUGACUACAAUUUCCUACAAAUCAACAUUUCCUAUACAAAGAGUAAUAAGAAAUAUAUAAUAAUUUAGGUAAUCAUACGAAUAAUUUAGGCAGUCCAAAUUCUUGGUUCUGAAAUAUCUAUAUGGAUUUUUUUUUCAUUUGCAGAUAACUGCCUCAUUAAUGUUGGGGUAGAGAUAGUAUAAGGUGGUAGAGACUGAGUCCUAUUUCUUGGUGAUGGAGGUGUUACAAAAAUAUAACUGUCCAGACCUUUCUCCCUUUUUAGACUAGAGCUGAACAAUAUUUUGAAAAUAAUGAAAAGGAAAGGGGGCACUUUGAGAAAUCUUUUAUUAGGUUGUAUACUUGGUCUUGCAAGUGAGCUUUGCAUGGCCACCUUGAUGCUUUCUAAGAGAUCUGGUUACAGUUUAAUAAAGCAGAACCAGCUCCAAGGACUGGUUGAUAACUGUAGCAAAAGGCCCUUGAUUCUGUACGUUCUGCACCCCUAACCUUCUUCUCCUGCAAGGAAACUAGCACUGUGUGCCCCACUGUACUCAUUCUUUGAAUAGCCUGCUCCCAAGACAGUAUCAGCCACUAUUUGAGAGAAGAGGAAUGUUUACUUUUUUAAGUCCAUAUAUAUAAAACACAAGAUCAGAAAAAAAAAUUCUAUAUCCCCAUGAUUAACAAAUUAAAGUCGGUUAAAAUUAUGAAGGUGAAGUUGAAAUAUAAUUUUUUACCGUUAUUUUACCUACCAAUAUAGAUGUUCUUGAUUUUUGAAGGCUGACAUUCCUGGUAUUGUGUAAUGGUUGAAUGUAUCUAAAUUGUAAUAAUUGAAAAUUGACAGACAUGGAAACGUCUCUGAUUUACAAAACUAUGUUGUUAAAAGCUUCCUGAAGAUAUAGAUUUUUAUUAUUUAUUUUCUUUUUGACUAGUAAGGAUUUAUAAAUAAAUGUAAUGGAAAACCUAUGAUCUUAAUAAAGUAUCUUCAAAUUGCAUGUGUACUGUCUUGAAAAUUGUUUUUGCACUUGCAGAUCUAUUAUGGUGUUUCCCACGGUAGAACCAGUUGUUUUCCACUGAUACCAAGGGAUUGAUUUGAAUUUGCCUGUCUAAAAUUAAAUUUCAUACUUUUUUUGAACAUUUGCUGGUUCCAUUGAGGUUGUUGGGAGAUGAAAUUCACUGGUCUUGCUCUUACCCAUACAGUGCAGCCAUUUAAAGAUGUGGAGAAAUACAGUGGGAUGCACAUCCCAGCCCAUCCAUGAUGGGAACGCUGUUCCCUCCCCCGCAACUCCUUCCCACAGGCAAAGCUAAACUUUUUCCGCUGUGCGUAUGAGGACAAACUGCCACCUGCUUAUACAGACCAGCUAAUUAGUACUGGCCUCGCUUCAGUAGUUGUGCCAGUUAGCCCCAGCUCUGCUUCCACAGAAAGCUUAUACACUGUAGCAGUUAAACAUGGAAUUGAGUUUUUGCUUAUUACCAGUUUUGCGACCUUCGGAGAGUCAUUUAACCUCUGUGGUCCUCAUUUUCUCAGGAAAAUGGAGGCAAUAAUAGUACUUACUUCUUUGGAUUAUUGUGGGCAUGAAAUAAAAGAACGGAUCCAUGUGAAGUACUGGAACAAAACCUGGGAUAGAAGUAUUCAGUAGCUGUGAGCUGUUUUAUAACGAUCAUUCUCUCACAUCACACAAUUUAAAAAUAGCUAUAUAAAUAUUCUGAUUACCCUACAUAAACAGUUCCCCUGUUAGUGAAUUCACUGGAAGCUUCCUAACACAUAGUUUCUAUGAUGAGCUUUAUUGUUUUAAAAAAUUCCAUUACUUCUAAGUGAUACAUUGGAAAUAAAUAGGUAAUCCUCAAUUAGAAAGUGAGCCAGUAUUUGUUUUUGGUCAGCAGUAUGCAGUAUAGUAGAUAUCCAUGUGAAAGGAAUGUCUCUUAAUUAUAUUAAUGCCCUUU